AUACAGCUAGGUCGUAAAAGUAUCAGUUUAAUCGAUAAAUCUCUUCGCAAUUGGUAUUUGAUACUGGCUACCGGGAUCGAUCCCCAUCCUCCUAAGUCCUAACCAACUUCUCUCAAACUUUCAUCUCUCUUCAACAAUGGCGCAUACCGCCUCAGUUCCUGGUGGCGCUGUUGGAGGAAGCGAUGUAGAAGCCGGAUUCGCGAAGCUUCAGGGCGAAGAUUUCGAGUAUUACAUGCAAACCUACUCCAUAGUUCUUGGCAGAAAUUCUAAGAAAUCCACCGUUGAUGUCGAUUUAGCAUCCUUAGGAGGCGGAAUGAACAUCUCUCGUCACCAUGCCCGAAUCUUCUACGAUUUCCAACGACGUCGUUUUGCCCUAGAAGUUCUCGGAAAAAAUGGAUGUCUUGUUGAAGGCGUUCUUCAUCUUCCUGGAAAUCCUCCGGUCAAAUUAGACUCUCAAGAUCUCCUUCAAAUCGGUGAUAAGGAGUUUUACUUUCUUCUCCCAGUUAGGAAUAUUCUCGGUGGAGUUGUGGGUCCACGUCAUCAUGUGUAUAAUACUCCGCUUCCUCCUCCUCCGGUUGCCCCGGCGAGGAAUUCUGGGUAUAGUGGUGGAGGGAGUAGGAAAGGGAGAGUGAAAGAGUUUUAUCCUGCGGGUGUGGCAGGAGAGGAGUAUGAAGAAGAAGAUGGUGGAGGUAGAGAUGAUACUGGCUUUUUGUCAAAGAAGAAGAAUAGAAGGUAUGGAGAUGGUAGCGGUGGUGGUCAUGAUAGUUAUGGUUAUGGUGGCAGUAGUGGUGGCAAAGGUGGGGUUUCUGGAACCCUCGAAAAGAGAUCGAAUGGAAGAACAAGGGUUGAUCCUGAAGCGGACAAUCAGCAACUUACACAAUUGGAGGAGAAAGAUGUUGUAUCAUCUGUGGCUACCGUUCUUUCAGAUCUGUGUGGUCCAGGUGAAUGGAUGCCUAUGGAGAAACUUUAUUCCCGGUUAAUGGACCAGUUUGGUAAUGUCUGGCAUCACAGCCGUGUGAGGAGAUAUCUCACAAAUGAAGACUGGACAGGUCCAGAGUCCAAAGGAAAACCCUGGUUUGGCUUGCUGAUGUUGGUAAGAAAAUAUCCAGAGCAUUUUGUCAUCAAUACACAUGCUAAUGGUCGCGUGACAUCGGAGUUUGUUUCACUUGUGUCUCUUAUUUCUUGAUAUGUUAAAGCUAUAAGCAAAUUCUAUUGUAUGUUAGAACCAAAGUAGUUUGUACACAAUACUUACACUUGUAGCUGAACUCUAAUGUUGGAAAAUAUGUGAAAUUUUUGUGUAAGUGUUGAUAGGGGUUGAGUUGCUCCCUUCCUUCUCUCCUAAGAUCAUGCUCAUAGUUUUCUAUGAGCGGAUACAUUGAGUAUGAUGAUGUUGAUAGGGGUUGUAUAUGAACUCCCUUUGUGAUUUUGGUUUUGCUGUGGAAAACAACUUGUGGCCUUUUUUGCAUCACCUGCAGUCUGGGGCACACUUUACUGCUCUCUGUACCAGUGUCUUAAAGUGUUGGCAUAAAAUCUUCCUUGAAUUGAGCUUUCCAA